AGUCUGUACAGGGAGAAAGAAAAAAGGCUUGCCUUAUCUAGCAAAUGAGAAAAUGAGGAAAGGGAGGUUUGGCGAUCAUUCCUACGUCAACCAUGCCAUGUGGGCGUGAGAGGGAAAAAGCAUUACCGCUUUCGUUUAACGUGGUGCACCGUCGCAAUUCUCUUCUUUCCAACCGCGGAAGAAAUGGUAAAGGAGCACGCAGGAACUCAUUGCUGCAGCUGGAACUGAUAGUAAUGUCUGAUACGCAGACUUUCCUCUCAUUUUUUCUUCCAAGUAUUUAAUAUCUGAAUUCGCCAAUGGUUUUACCACACGUAGGAUGGGAUUAACUUGGGGCGGCAGAUAUAUCGCACUGUUUCUUGCAGUUCAGUUAGUGUAUCUGCUACAGGCAGUGAGAGCUGCGGGGAAAUGUGACACUGUAUUUCAAGGUUUCUCAGACUGUUUAUUAAAAUUGGGGGAAAAUAUGGUCAACUACCCACAGGAUCUGGACGAGAAAAGAAAUCUACAGACCAUCUGCUCAUAUUGGGACAACUUCCAUGCAUGCGCCACGGCUGCGCUGGCGGAUUGUCAAGAAGGAGCGACGGAUCUAUGGGAAAAACUCAAAAAGGAGUCAAAAAACUUGGAAUUUCGGGGUAGCUUGUUUGAACUAUGCGGUGGAGGUAAUGGAGCAUCUAAAUCAAGAGUCCCUUUUGGCUUCACGAUGCUUCUAACAGUCGUUUCUGCGCUGGUGACUUGGCUUGCAUUUUAGCAAAGAAUGAAAAAAUAAAGACUAUCAACAUGAAACACUUCUCAAACAUCUAGUAAAAGCAAUUCUCGUACUCUACACCUAACUGGAUUUGUACUUCCGAAAGCCAGCUCAAUCAGAAGGAGAAGAGACCUGAAAAUGCUCGAGUCAUUGACAGCACAUCCUUGGGAAAUGCUCAAGCAUUUUAACGGACCUUCGUUCAGUCACACUAAAAUGGCUAGCAGCGUUGAUUUGGAGUUACUCUGACAUUUCGCCCAUUCACAGCUGUGGGCUUCAUGACCCACUAAUUAUUAUGAUAAACCCAACAAUAAAUAAUAAUUAAAAAAAAAAUAAAAAAACAUUAUGGACAUUACAGUAAGCUACUGUUGUUAAAGCAUUUGGAGGCUCAUAUACGCAUAUGACAUUGUGAAAUUCCAUGAUAGAAAAGCAUUUACUGUAAUUAAAAUCUGUCCAUUUGAAAUAGACUAACACGAUUACAGUUUACCCCGGUAUGCUUUCUUGUUAGUUAAAUUUUUUCUUUUUUGGUUAAAAAGUUCUUUUUGAUCUUUUCGUUUUCUAAACAAAUGUUUAUAUCCCCCUAAGUAUGUCUAGGUCGUUCGUCAGAAUAUAAUGCAUUCAUAUUGUAUGUAGGCUACUCACUUGCAACCCCCAGAAGA